AUGGCAAAUCGAAACCUCAAAGAUGGUAAUUCUAUCCAGAAACUUGAUGCUCAGAAGCUUUUGAAGAAGUUGAACAAACAGGCUGUCAAGAGUAUCAAGAGUCCUGAUGGAGAUAUAAUUGACUGUGUUGACAUUUUAAAACAACCAGCUUUCGAUCACCCAAAACUGAAAAAUCACAAAAUUCGGAUGAGGCCAAGCUCUUACCCAGAAGGGAUAGUAUUUGAAGAAAGCAACGUGGCAUCAAAAUCAGCGCCAAUUUCUCAACUUUGGCACCAAAGUGGAAGUUGUCCAGAAGGAACCAUUCCUAUUAGAAGAAUAACAGAAGAAGACAUAUUGAGGACAAGUUCUACACAAAAAUUUGGGGAGAAGAAUCUCCAGACAAGCCAUUUACCGUCAUACGCUGGAGGUCAACGUGUCAACGAACAUGCCUCAAUUUUUGUGAAAGGGGAUAAAUAUUAUGGAGGCAAGGGAACCAUGAACGUUUGGAACCCUAAAGUUCUACAGGACGUGGAAUGGAGUGUAUCUGCAAUUUGGGUUAUGAAUGAUGCUGAUAAACAAAAACUCAAUGCAAUUUUUGCUGGUUGGCGGGUGAAUCCAUAUCUAUAUGGGGAUAAUCGAACCAGACUUUUUACAUUUUGGACUGUGAGUUCCAACUUCCAAAUGACAGGAUGUUAUGAUCUUCGCUGUUCUGGCUUUAUCCAACUUAACGCUGGAGUAGCCGUUGGAAGCACAAUCAAACCCUUAUCUGUAUACAAUGACACAAAUUCCCAAUAUGAUAUCACCAUCAUGAUCUGGAAGGACAAAAGCAACGGAGACUGGUGGAUGCAAUACGGUGCUGAUAAAGUUAUGGGAUAUUGGCCUUCGUCUCUGUUCACGCACCUCUCUGAUAGCGCAUCAAUCAUACAGUGGGGGGGUCAAAUUGUAAAUGCAGCAACUAAUGGGCAACACACCACAACUCAAAUGGGAAGUGGGCAAUUUCCAAGAGAACAUUUUGGAAAAGCUAGCUAUUUCAAGAACAUUAAGUUUGUUAAUGGUCAAAACCAAAUGGUUCCUGCUGAUAACACUUUCCCUCAGGUUGAUCGUCCCAAUUGCUAUGAUGUCCAAUCUGGCCGUUCUGAUGACUGGGGAAGAUUCUUCUAUUUUGGGGGUCCUGGCAGAAACCCUAAUUGUCCAUGA